AUGGUGGAGUACGACUUGACCACUCGCAUCGCACACUUUUUGGAUCGGCAUCUAGUCUUUCCGUUGCUUGAGUUUCUCUCUGUAAAAGAGAUAUAUAAUGAAAAAGAAUUAUUACAAGGGAAAUUGGAUCUCCUUAGUGACACCAACAUGGUAGACUUUGCUAUAGAUGUAUACAAAAACCUUUAUUCUGAUGAUAUUCCCCAUGCUUUGAGAGAAAAAAGAACCACAGUUGUUGCACAACUGAAACAGCUUCAGGCAGAAACAGAACCAAUUGUGAAGAUAUUUGAAGAUCCACAAACUACAGGGCAGUUGCAGUCAACCAGAGUUGGUUGGAUGCUGUUUGACUACCUGGUGGACAAGCAUGGUUUUAGGCAGGAAUAUUUAGAUACACUCUACAGGUAUGUGGAAUUUCAAUAUGAAUGUGGGAGUUACUCUGGAGCCGCAGAGUAUAUUUACUUCUUUAGAGUGUUGGUUCCAGCAACAGACAGAAAUGCUUUGAGUUCACUCUGGGGAAAAUUGGCCUCUGAAAUCUUAAUGCAGAAUUGGGAUGCAGCUAUGGAAGACCUUACAUGGUUAAAAGAGAUCAUAGAUAAUAAUUCUGUGAGUUCUCCACUUCAGUCUCUUCAGCAGCGAACAUGGCUCAUCCAUUGGUCUCUGUUCGUUUUCUUCAGCCACUCCAAAGGGCGUGAUAACAUAAUUGAUCUCUUCCUUUACCAGCCACAGUAUCUUAAUGCAAUUCAGACAAUGUGUCCACAUAUUCUGCGCUAUUUGACUACAGCCGAUAACAAAGAUGUUCAGAAAUGCCGACAGGUGCUAAAAGAUCUUGUUAAAGUUAUUCAACAGGAGUCUUACACAUAUAAAGACCCAAUUACAGAAUUUGUCGAAUGCUUAUAUGUGAACUCUGACUUUGAUGGGGCUCAGAAAAAGCUAAGGGACUGUGAAUCAGUACUUGUGAAUGACUUCUUCUUGGUGGCUUGUCUUGAGGAUUUCAUUGAAAAUGCUCGUCUCUUCAUAAAUGAGACUUUUUUUUUUAAAGAUACUUUUUGUUGCAUCCGCCUGUGUAUUAGCAUUAACAUGUUGGCAGACAAACUGAACAUGACUCCAGAAGAAGCUGAAAGGUGGAUUGUAAAUUUGAUUAGAAAUGCAAGGCUGGAUGCCAAGAUUGAUUCCAAAUUAGCUCCUAACUGGGCAACUCAGGACUCUGGCUUCUACUGA